CGGGUUUCAUACUCGAGUAUAGGACGAUGUGCAACUGAGCAGUAGAAUUUGAAGCCUGGACAACUCGGCAGGAAAAUAACUUGGUUAAAGAGGGAAGAUCGGGGAAUCCCUAUUGUUCCUGUGUUGCCGCAUACAACAGUGGCACAUUGGAUAGGCCCGAUUGUGCUGUUAUAAUAAAUGGUAUCUGGUAUCCUACAGUGUCAACACAUCACCAAGCGGAAAGCGUUGCUCGGUGUGGCUACAGAAUAACAAGGAAUCAACGCAACUGGGAGAUCAAUAAACCUGACGGAAAAUUAUAGCUCAACGAUAGCUUGUUAUAUUAUGGAACGAUUAUAACAGGACGCAUAGAGCAGAUUCCAGCCCCCUGAUGCCUUGCCUGUGGUGUCCAUAGCGACCUCCGUUCCGGCCCUGCAGCGCUCCUGUCUGUGGCGCCCCCUGUGGUGGGAUGUCGGCAGCGCAGACACAGAGCGACAGCGAGCAGCGAUGGGGCUGUCUGGAGUCGCUGGGCCUGAGCCCGCGGGAGCUGGUGCUGGCCGAGGCCCUGCAGAUGGAGUACGACGCCCUGUCCCGACUCAAACAGGACAAGAGCCCCUCCGGGAGAGGGGUGGGCGAGGGGGGGAAGGCGCCCGCGGGGGACGGGGACGGGGGUGAGCGGUCCGGGUCGGGUUUGGGUCCGAGCCCCGGACCCCCUGUGAGGAACCUGCUCGGGGGCCUGUCGGGAUCCGACCCCACCCUAAACCUGCAGCCGGGGGGGUCCAGUCCCUCCCCCGCCGACCCAGAGCCUCCCAGCUACAACAAGGAGCCGCUCUACAUCCUCAACAGCCCAGUGAAGAGCGACUACGAGAGCCCGGGCCUUCUGCUCCUCCCCAAAACCUUCACCCCUCCCGACGACCCCCCGCCCGCGAUCCCACCCCGGAACCCGCUGCCCCCCGACCCCCUCCCCCCCAGGCGCGGGGUGGGGGCGCCCCGCGACGUGAACCUCUUCACCCCCGAGGCGGACCAACCCAAACUGAGCGGCGGGGACACGCUGAACUACGAGAACCUGAACGAGUCGCUGGCGCGGCUGAACCGGGAGCGGAGCGGGCCCCGGGGUCGCCGGGGGAACGGGGACGUUUCGGGGAAGCCGGUGGCCCGCAGUAAGACCCUCCCCCCGCAGGUGCCCCCCCGCACCUACCUGCCCGUCCAGAAGAGCAACAAGAACCAGCGCCGAGUGUCAGCUGACCCGGUGACCCUGGGCUCCAGGUUAAAUGGUUUUGGCUACGAGCUCUUCCAGGUGUCCGAGGAGAGGGACGAGGAGGUAGCGGCAUUCUGUCACAUGCUGGAUGUGUUGCGGUCGGCCUAUCCGUGCAGCGACUUCUCCCAGAACGCUGGGCUGGUGUGGAGUCUCUGCGUGUCGCAGGACGAGCUGCAGCAAGGUCUCGGCGUCGGCGUCAAGGUGACCGUCAUCAGCGACCACUUCAGAGAUCCCCUCACCUUCACCUGCGAUGGCUCCUCCACAGUGGACCUGCUGAUCUACCAGACCCUGUGCUACGCCCACGAUGACCUCGACCUGAUCGACGUGGAGGACUACGUGCUCAAAGUGUGUGGGCAGGCCGAAUUUCUCAAGAACACCCAGACCCUGGCCAGUCUGGAGUACAUUCAGCAGUGCCUGAAGUUUGACCUGGAGAUCCGGCUGUUUCUGACCAAGAGGAGCUCUGUGUGCAGAGAGCUGGCCAGAACGGAUGAAGAUGACGAGACUCCUUCCACGAUGAACCAGAGCAUUCUCCUGCAGGAGCGACCAAUCAAGCAGACCGUAACAAGGGAAGCUUUGACCCUCCUGCUGGACACUUUUCACAAUGAAGCAGAGUCGUUUCUUCUGUCUGAGGUGGAGCUUCCUCUGCACGUGGAGCGGCUGGUUCAAUCUGUCAAGGCUCUGUGCAGCUCUCUGGCUGCCGUGGAAACGCCUGAUGUGACCUCCGCCCUCAGCCUUCUGCCUGCCUGCCCCUGCCGCCUGCAGCCCCGCGUCCAGAAGGACGCCUCGCUGCUGAUUAACAGAGAGUACAGAGAGAACGUGGUGGAGAAGCUGACGGCGUCCAUCUUGGAUCUGGUGGAGCUGUACUGCAGCACCUUCAAUGCCAACUUCCACACCACCCCCCAAAGCAGCCGCACCUCCGCCCCCACGCAGGAGGCAGGGCUGGUCACCAACGUGCUGUCAUUCAGUGUGUACGCUGCCCAUCGAGUGCCCAUUACCUGGGCCGCUAGCUACGAGGCCUUCUUCCUGUCCUGCUCCCUGACGCAUGGAGGGGCGGAGCUCUGUGCCCCCCAGCAUACCAGUAAACAGUCUGUCAGCAAAUACCUGUUCCACCUGGUGAUGUGGGACCAGAGGAUCUGUUUCCCGGUGCAGAUUAACCAGUUGCCCCGGGAGACGCUGCUGACGGUGACGCUGUAUGCCACCCUGCUGCCUCCACCAGGGGGCGCUGAGGAGAAGAGCAAACAGCGGCGCAGCACUGAGGCGCUGGGCUGGGUCACCAUGCCCCUCUUCAACUUCAGACACAUCCUCACCUGCGGCAGGAAGCUGCUCGGGCUGUGGCCUUCAACCCCAGGAAGUGGUAGCGCUCGCUCCAGCACCCCCAACUUCAGCCAGCCGGACAGCGUCAUCCUGCAGGUUGACUUCCCCACAUCAUCCUUCGAGGUCCGGUUCAACACCCCCACGCCGGCCGAAUUCAGCCCCCAGUAUGAGUUCUCCCGCAUGGACCAGAACAGCCAGAGGCAGCUUCAGGACGUCCUGCACAAGAAGUCCCUCUUCUGGCUGACCCCGGAGGACCGGAGGCUGCUCUGGGAGAAGCGCUACUUCUGCCACGCGGAGAGCAGCGGCCUGCCCCUGGUGCUGGCCAGCGCCCCCAGCUGGGAGUGGGCCUGUCUGCCAGACAUCUACGCCCUGCUGCGCCAGUGGGCCUGCAUGAACCACCUGGACGCCCUGGGGCUGCUCCACGCCACGUUCCCUGAUCAGGAGCUCAGACGCACAGCAGUGAAGUGGAUGGACUCCAUCUCAGACGCUGAGCUGCUGGACUUCCUGCCUCAGCUGGUGCAGGCGCUGAAGUACGAGUGUUACCUGGACAGCCCUCUCGUCCGAUUCCUGCUCCGACGAGCCAUCGCGGACCUGCGUGUCGGACACUACCUGUUCUGGCUGCUGAAGGACGCUCUGCAGGACUCUCAGUUCAGCGUGCGGUAUCAGUACCUCCUGGCGGCCCUGCUGUGCUGCUCUGGGCGUGGCCUGAGAGAGGAGUUUGACCGGCAGUGCUGGCUCGUCAGCAUCCUGGCCAAGGUGUCCCAGCGCGUACGGGACUGCUCGCCCUCCUCCAGACAGGCCGUGUUGAGGGAGGGGCUGGAGGAGGUGCGGCAGUUCUUCUCCGUCAGCAGCAGCUGCCGCCUCCCACUCAACCCCGCCCUGCUGGUGCAGGGCAUCAACAUACAGUCCUGUUCCUACUUCAACUCCAACGCUGUCCCGCUCAAGCUGUCCUUUCAGAACCUGGACCCGCUCAGCGACAACAUCAACGUCAUCUUCAAGUCGGGAGACGACCUCCGGCAGGACAUGCUGACCCUGCAGAUCAUCCGCAUCAUGAACAAGAUCUGGGUCCAGGAGGGGCUGGACAUGAGGAUGGUCAACUUCCGCUGCUUCUCCACGGGCCGUGGGCGAGGCAUGGUGGAGAUGAUUCCCAACGCGGAAACCCUCCGGAAGAUUCAGGUGGAGCACGGAGUGACGGGAUCCUUCAAGGACCGGCCACUCGCCGACUGGCUGCAGAAACACAACCCCACUGAGGACGAGUACGAGAAGGCUGUGGAGAACUUCAUCUACUCCUGUGCUGGCUGUUGUGUGGCCACCUACAUCCUGGGCAUCUGCGACCGGCACAACGACAACAUCAUGCUGAAGACCAGCGGACACAUGUUCCACAUCGACUUCGGGAAGUUCCUGGGACACGCGCAGAUGUUCGGCAACAUUAAGAGGGACCGUGCCCCCUUUGUCUUCACCUCUGAUAUGGCGUACGUCAUCAACGGGGGAGACAAGCCUUCCAGCCGCUUCCACGACUUUGUGGACCUCUGCUGUGAAGCGUACAACCUGAUCCGCAAACACACACACCUCUUCCUCAACCUGCUGGGGCUGAUGCUGUCGUGUGGGAUCCCGGAGCUGUCGGACCUGCAGGACCUGAAGUACGUGUACGACGCUCUGCGCCCACACGAGUCCGAGUCCGACGCCACCAUGUACUUCACCAGGCUCAUCGAGUCCAGCCUGGGCAGCGUAGCCACCAAGCUCAACUUCUUCAUCCACAACCUGGCGCAGAUGAAGUUCGCCUCGUCCGAGGAGCGCCCCGUGCUGUCCUUCGCCCCCCGCGUUCACACCCUGAAGAGCGACGGCCCCAUCCGCAGCCUGUUCGUCUGCAGACACGUCAAGACCUACAGCCCCAACAAGGGAUACACCUACGUGGUGAAGGUGGAGCGGGAGAGCCAGCAGGGGGCGACACUGGUCCAGAGGAGCUUCGAGGAGUUCCACGAGCUGCACGGCAAGCUGCGGCUGGUCUUCCCCUCCUCCAAACUCCCCAGCUUCCCGAGCCGGUUUGUGAUUGGCCGGUCACGAGGCGAGGCCAUGGCUGAACGCAGGAAAGACGAGCUGAACGGAUACGUGUGGCAUCUGGUCCAUGCAGCGCCCGAAGUGGCACAGUGUGACCUCAUCUACACCUUCUUCCACCCCCUGCCGAGAGACGAGAGGCCAGGUACGGUCGUCAACACCCUGCAGAAUAAACCUGCAGAGGUGUCCUGGACCCCUGUCCCAGGGAGGGUGGUGGGCGAGGUGAAGCUCUCCAUUUUGUACAAGAGUGACAAGCUCUUCAUCAUGGUCAUGCACAUCCGGGGACUGCAACCCCUGCAGGACGGCACUGACCCUGACCCCUACGUCAAACUGUACCUCCUCCCUGACCCUCAGAAGACCAGCAAGAGAAAGACCAAGGCGGCCAGACGCACCUGCAACCCCACCUAUAACGAGAUGCUGGUGUAUGACAGGAUCCCGCGUGGGGACCUGCAGCAGAGAGUGAUCCACCUGCGGGUGCUGAGCGAGGGGGCGUUCUGGGAGAACACCCUGCUGGGAGAAACCUUCAUCCCCCUCAAGGCCAUGAAGCCUGGCCACCGCUGGGUGGACUGGCACCAGCUGGGCACGGACGGGCCCGAUACCGCUCGCUAGGGAGGAGAGGGUGUGUGUGUCUGUGUCUGUGUCUGUGUCUGUGUCUGUGUCUGUGUGUCUGUGUGUCUGUGUGUCUGUGUGUGUGAGAGAGAGUGUGUGCGUGUGUGUGAGAGAGAGAGAGGGUGUCUGUGCUGUGUUUGUGUGUGUGUGUGUGUGUGUGUGUGUGUGUGUGUGUGUGUGUGUGUGUUUGAGAGAGAGUGUGUGUGUAUCUGCAAGUACGUGCAUAUGUGUACGUGUAUGUUUGCACGUGUCGGAGAUGGAGAGGUCUAGCAGCUCGGAGCUGGGUUAUCCCCCCAGUGGGGGCGAGGCCAUGUCUUCUUCCCAGGAGACACUGAGACUCGGUGAUGAAGCGUCAUCACUCGAUACUGUAGAGGCGGGGUCACUGUCAGGCCAAUGACGGACAGCGGAGUGCUGGACCAGGGCGGGGCCACAGAGGCCUGUCAGCAGAACCUGUCCUCAGUCACUGAAGACAAGGAGAGGUACUACUGUCGAACAGGAGUACUCUACAAAGCUGUGCCAAGCCAGGCCAGACCAGGCCAGACCAGGCUAAACCAGGCCAUGCCAGGGCCAAGGCCCUGUUACACCUGUCCACAGACCACAUGAAGGGUCCAACGCAAAACCACGGCUGGCUCUAUACGACAAGCCCCACAGGGAUCUGAGAAGAACAACAGCUUCUUAAGUUAUUUCUUCCUAAUGGUAUCAUUCUGUAAUUGCGGCUCGAUUCGAGCCAUGUCUCGUCAUAUGGUAUAUAUGAUUUGUAUAUGUACCGGAUUUAUACAUAGAUUGUUGUAUGUGAAUAUUGUAUGGUGCAGUCAUUCAGAGUAGAGAGUGGGAUGGGAUGAAUGCUUUUGUACUGUAAUUUUGAAAAAAAAAAAGAAGAAAGAAAAAAAAGCUCAUAAUUUGGGCAUGCUCGAUCAUAAGAAUAUAAAUUGGGGAAACCAGGGGACAAACCAGCUGUCAUUGGCUCGCGGCUCUCUUUGGUGUGUUUAUAGUGUAGUUUAUGUCGACCUUCCACCUCAUUGGGUGUCCCUCCUUCCAAGUCUCUGUGUAGAAUACAUGUGUGUCCUUAAAAAAAAAAAGAAAAAAGCCACAAUUUGUCAAAGCCACAAGUGACGUAAGUAACGUUGAUGUCUGAUUUGAAAACAAGUGCCCACUUGCCACACAAGUGUCCAUAUUAUGUCCAGAGUUACAUUCAGAUAGCAUUUCAAUUGCAUGCAUUGGGAUUUACUACUGGUUGAUUAUUGCACUUUUGGUCUUAAUCGUCAAGCAUUUUGAACUUACAUUUCAUUUAUAUAAGCUUCUUUAAAAGGAAAAAAGGGAAGGGCUUUUGUUCAAUAUAAAACAGUAGAUAAGCAAAGUGACUUCUACUUCCCUACUAUGUUUUGGUCCUCAGAGUAGUUGAGUGUCUGAAGGAAUUGCAUUUUAAUAGGAGUAGAAUAAGGUUAUUUUUUUCUUCAGAAAAGAAACUGAACUAAACUGUAUCCCAGGUCAGAAAUAAUACAGAAAUUUCACAUUUCUAUUUGGAAGUUUACUUUUUUCCCCCGCAUUUUUUUUUUUUUUUUACAUUUAGCAGAUACUGUCAUUCAAAGCAGAUUGCAUUCUGCUGCAUACAGCCCAUUUAUAGAGCUGGACUACACUGAACAUUACAUGGCGUGACUGGACAUUGACUGCAGCAGCGGAGGUUAAUCACAUUGCUCACAGGGCACAGUAAUGGUGCCUGCGCUGAGAGUGGAGUCCACACUGUCAGUGUUGAGAGGCCGGUUCCCACCCUGAGCUGGUGACACACUGGUUCUGUAUGUGUGGAACUCCUAACACUCAUCUUCGCAUGCUGAUUUUCCCUGUGUGUGAGACAGAAGGCAUUUCUGGUGUAGCACCAGAAGGCGUGGCUCUAAGAUAAAUAAUCUUUUUUAAACAAAGGAAGGAUGUGAAACGUGUCACACACACACCAAGUCUGUAUUUAAUGUGUUGCUCAGUGAGUGAACUUAGAUUUCAGGUCAAUCUGCUAAUUAGUUAAAUUAUUAAAUUCCAAUUGUUAGCUUAACCAUUAGGUUGAAGGAAUAGUCGUUUCAAAAAUGCUUAGGACCACAUUUUAAGCCUCUUGGGUGCCAAGAUACUUUCUCUGUUACAAGGUGCUAAGUUAGUGUAAUAUGUUGAAAAAAUAUUGUUUGCAGAUACUGUUUUUUAGACCUGUGUCCUGUAUGAUAGAUGAAACCUAGUUUAAAAAAGGCCAUAUUUAUUUUGGCCAUAGCUUACCAGUUGUCCUAAUAUAUAAUAUUGAAUUAUAGGAAUUCACAAUUUAUAGAUUAAUAAGAAGAUAUUUUAACUGGAUGGCUUUACCGGUGAUACAUUAGUGUUUUUAAAACCUUUAAUUCUAUUGUUUGCGGUUAUCUCUUGCCUUCCAAAGCAGGACUGUAUGUGUGAGUUACUGCUGAUAUUGGUCCCGUUCUGCUCGACUUUUGGUGGGAACAAACUUAAUACAAAAUGAGUGAUUCAUCUGCCAUAAUAUUAGAUGCACCAAGUAUGAGGUUACAGAUGUAGCAUUUGAAUUUCCACAUAUUAAACCCAACUAACAUGUUCAACAGCUCCCUGGCAUCUGUCUGCUUCCAAACUGAAUAUGCUAAGGCCUUAGCUAUGACACUCACAGCUGUUCUCAUGGAAAAGUGACAUGAUGGAAUUAAGCCCCUUUUUGUCUUGGGAGAAUUGAUCAUUCUUGUUGUAUUGGUGGCCAUAUAGGAUGGCAUGACCGCUGGCCUUCAUUGGUGAGAGGAACUCUGGGUAAAAGCUGGCCUUCCUCUUGCAGCGGUCCUAAGGAUGUGGCUUUUCCCUCCGAGGCGUAAACCCCGCCAUGAUGAAACGGGACAGAAUGUAAGUUCAAAAUGAACAGGAUUUGACGCAUUGUACAUACUGAAAAUAUCAUGAUUGUGACCAUGAAAAUUCAUAAUUGUUUCAUCCCACAGUUUUUUUUGUUUUUAUUUUUUUUGACUUUAUGGAUUUAAAUAAGAAGUGUAUUGUGUUCAUUAUCAUUUGAAUCUAUUUGCUCAUGUUUUGUAAUAUUAUUUGCACUAAAUAAUGAUAAAAAAUAAACUUGAAUUUCAAAGACA